AAGGCAACUCUCUUGGGGAAUGAUAUCGCUUUCGGGGAAGGGACGGUUAUUUUUGCACUUGCGUUGAUGACUUUGAGCUUCAAACCGAUUCCUCGAAAUGGUCACAUUCGACCCAUUUUUGGAAAUUUAAUUAACUGCUGA